UAUCGUAUAGUUUCUUUGAAAGGUAGAUCUGAUUGUUAUACAUUGAAUUGUGUUUUAUAAUUUGCUAAUGAUGUUCGUUCAUUAACCUGAUGUUUCAUAUAUUUCAACAAAAUUUGGAAUAAGAUAAGAUAAUUUACAAUCCGUGUUAUCUCGAAGUCAGUGUCACUUGUUACGCUCCUGCUAUGCAUGAAAUCUAUAUGAACUUUCGAGAAGUGAGGUAUACUCGAAAAUAAUUUUUGUGUCAAAUAUUUGGAAUGGUUUAAGCCUCUAUUAAUUAUAAGGAAAACGGUACAAUGGCCAGUGAAGAGAAUACUACACAAAAAGAUAGUAACCCAACGUCAGUUCCCAAAACAAGGUACGACUGGUAUCAAACGGAGACACACGUUAUAGUCACUAUUCUCGCAAAGAAUACAAAAAAUGUUAAAGUCGCUUAUGACACAAACUCGUUAAGUGUAUCAGCUAUUCUACCAUCGGGAAAUGAUUAUAGUUUGGAGUUAGAUUUAGCUCAUUCCAUAGUACCAGAACAGUGUUCAUAUAAAGUGUUUCCAUCAAAAAUAGAAAUCAAAUUGAAGAAACAAGAGGGGAUUAGGUUUAGUGUCUUAGAAGGGAAUCCACGUGCACAAACUGUAGCGCAACCCAUACCUCAAGAAAUUCUACAAGCUAGUAACCAGCCACCAAAGUAUCCUAGUUCUUGUAAGAAAUCUCCAGAUUGGAAUAAAGUAGAAAAAGAUAUUGAUAAGCAAGAAGCAGAGGAGAAGCCACAAGGCGAAGCAGCUUUAAAUGCUUUGUUUCAAAAGAUUUAUGGUAGUGGCUCUGAUGAAGUUAGGCGAGCAAUGAAUAAAUCCUUUCAAGAGUCUGGUGGUACAGUACUGAGCACUAAUUGGUCAGAAGUAGGAAAAGGAAAAGUUGAAAGAAAACUUCCAGAUGGUAUGGAAUGGAAACCUUGGAACUCGUAAAACAACCAAUAUAAUGGAUAUUUAAGAUGCUGACGAUUUAACAAAAUAAUUUCAUUUUAUUUGUAAUAGAAUUAUUUCAUAAAUAUUUAAAAUACUAAAUAUAACUUAUAAUAUUA